CGCCCUCCUUCGUUCUCGUUUACUUCUCCCCUGUUCCUUAACCAUCCUUCCCCAACUCGCACACUCGUCGACCUCAACUUCACACAGAAGCGAACAGUGUCAACAACGCGAUGGCUGAUAAAGACGUGGCAGAGAAGGGCUUGGGCGGGGGGAGUAAUGACGACAAAGGUUCUGGUUCGCAGGUGGCAGUUUUCGAGCGCCCGACAGGGCUCAUGGGGUUCUAUUCGCAUCCUCGAACUCAAAUUGCAAUGGUGGGAUUCGUAUGCUUCAUGUGUCCCGGCCUGUUUAAUGCGCUGAACGGAUUGGGCGCUGGAGGUCAAGUCGAUUCUCAGACCAAUGCGACAUCUAAUGCCGUUCUCUAUGGGACGUUUGCAGUGUCUGCAUUCUUUGCUGGUUCAAUCAACAACAAGCUAGGCUCCCGUCUUACCCUCCUCCUCGGUACAGCCGGUUACGCGCUCUACAUUGGAUCCUAUCUGACCAUGAACAUCCACCCUAACGCGGGAGGUUUCGUGAUCGCCGCUGGAGCCAUUUUGGGGAUCUGCGCAGGCCUUCUAUGGACUGCUCAAGGCAGUUUGAUGCUGUCAUACCCGACUGAAGGACAAAAGGGUCAAUUCAUCAGUAUCUUCUGGACUAUAUUCAAUUUGGGAAGUGUCGUUGGAGCUUCUGUUUCUCUCGCUUUGAACUUCAAAUCUUCGGCCAACUCUGUCGGGAACGGAACCUACAUCGCCUUUCUGGUUCUAACCAUGAUUGGAGUUUUGAUUCCUCUGCUUAUGGUUGAUCCUCGCAAGAUGAUUCGGACGGAUGGGACCAAAGUCAGUGCUCCUCGCCAUCCUUCAUGGAAAGUCGAAAUCUAUGGUCUCUGGGUUGCGGUCAAAACCGACCCUCUGAUCAUCAUGCUGUUCCCGAUGUUCUUCGCGUCCAAUUGGUUUUACACCUGGCAGUUCAAUGCAUACAACGCGGCGCUGUUCGAUAUCAAAGCUCGCUCGCUGAACAACCUCGUGUACUGGAUUGCCCAGAUCGUCGGGUCGAUUCUCAUGGGGUUCAUUCUGGACCAGAAACGAAUCAAGCGCCGCGUCCGUGCUUUCCUUGGAUGGGGUAUCCUGUUCGCUGCCGUAUGGGCAACACAUAUCUGGGCUUUCUUCUAUCAGAAACAAUACUCUCGCCCUGCAAAGGACGACAUCAACACUGUAGAGCGGUACUCCAUCGGGGAUCCCGGCUAUGCGGGACGAAUCGUCCUCUAUUUCUUCUUCGGCAUUGUUGACGCAAUGUGGCAAAUUACAGCAUACUGGGUCAUGGGUGCGAUGUCCAACGACCCAGCCAAGCUCGCUCACUUUACCGGACUUUACAAAUCGAUUCAGUCAGCUGGUGCCGCAGGCGUCUGGGCACUCGAUGGGGAUGGAUAUCCGUAUAUGGACAUAUUCUUAUCGACUUGGAUCCUCUUGGUCGUAGGUCAGGCGCUCGCUUUGCCUAUGAUCUACUGGCGCGUCAAGAAUCAAACUGAUCUCGAAGACGAAGCACUUGGAAGAAGUGAAGCACUGAAAUGUCCGCCGACGGGAGUGGAGGAGAGAAUGUGGGUCCGACGGGAAGUGGACGUCUUGGACUUCGAAAAUCUUGCCUGGUCUUGCGGUCUGCUCCGCCUCAGUCGGAUGUACAGCGUUCGGGAAGGGAAUAGGGUACACGUAAGGCACCUUGUGCGAUUUGAUUUUUCUUGGUUCCCACUAUUUCACGAUCUGGAUGAUGAUAAUGACAAUAGGCACUAGAUAUGUACGAUCCCAGAACGAUCUCAUGAUUGUCAUUACCCACGAUAUGGAAGCGUUUCAAA